CCAACCUGAAGAGUUUUAGGUGAGAGAUAGAUGGACUAUAAGGCAAUUGCCCAACAAAUGGCCCAAGAAGUUUUAGGCUAUAAUCAAGAUACAUCGGGCUGGAAAGUGGUUAAAACUUCACUAAUUAUUUGUGGAUUUUUAUUCCCCUUUGAGAAAAAGAUAACUGUUUCCAGUAAGCCUUCUAGAAAAUUCCAUGGAAAUCUAUAUCGUGUUGAAGGGAUAAUUCCAGAAUCAGCAGCUAAACUAUCUGAUUUCCUCUACCAAACUGAAGGCAGAGUUACAUGGGAUAAGUCAUUGCAAGUGUAUGAUAUGGUACACAGGAUUGAUUCGGACACAUUCAUAUGUCAUACCAUUACACAAAGUUUUGCCAUGGGCUCCAUUUCUCCUCGAGACUUUAUUGACUUAGUGUACAUCAAGCGCUACGAAGGAAAUAUGAACAUUAUCAGUUCUAAAAGUGUGGAUUUUCCAGAAUAUCCUCCAUCUUCAAAUUAUAUCCGUGGUUAUAACCACCCUUGUGGCUUUGUAUGUUCACCAAUGAAAGAAAAUCCAGCAUAUUCCAGAAUAGUGAUGUUUGUCCAGACAGAAAUGAGAGGAAAAUUGUCCCCAUCAAUAAUUGAAAAAACUAUGCCUUCCAACUUAGUAAACAUCAUCCUCAAUGCAAAAGAUGGAAUAAAGGCACACAAAACUCCAUCACGACGUGGAUUUCAUCGUAAUAGGCAUUCCUGAUACCAAAAGAAGAAAUAAGGCCAUUCUGCUAUAAAAUCAUGUGUAGAAGUUAUUGCAGUUUACUUCUAAGUCAACACACAUAAAUAAUACUGUUAAACUAUUCUAGACAGUAUUCUUGUACACAUUCCUGAAGAUUGUUCAUGAAAAUAAGAACUCACUGUUGUACAAGAAAAUGGCAUUAAAUGUAGUUUUUAAUCUCACAUAAGAAUGAUGUUAAAUAACAAGUGUUAUUUAGUACAUUUUUAUCUUUUGCCUUUGUCCCUGUAAAAUGCUCUGUAUGAGAACCAAUAAGAAAGCCGAUACAGUCAGAGAUCAGCAUUAAAGGUUAAAUACAUUUUACAUUGUUUUUCCUUCACUUACUGCUUAAAUUGAGAAU